AAAGUUACCAAAUUCAACAACACCAAUUAUGAAAAAAAAACCUCUGAAUUUGACAAUACCAACAAAUUCGACAACACCAACAACAAAAAAAGAACCUCCGAAUUUAAUGACACUAUUAACAAAAGAAGAACCACCUUAUUCAACGAAACCAACUACAAAAGAAGAACAACAAAUCUCCAAAUUCAACGACACCAAUGAUGAAAAUUCAACAACACCGACGAAAGAAAAAGAACCUCUGAAUUUGACAACACUAUUAACAAAAGAAGAACAUCUUAUUUAA